AUGAGGGGGGAGAACAUCACCAGGGUCAGCACCUUCAUCCUGCUGGGCUUCCCCACAGCCCCCAGGCUGCAGCUCCUGCUCUUCCUGCUCGUCCUGCUCAUCUACCUCUCUGUGCUGGUGGAGAACCUGGCCAUCAUCCUCACUGUCUGGAGCAGCACCUCCCUCCACAGGCCCAUGUACUACUUCCUGAGCAUCAUGUCCACCAUCGAGAUCUGGUACGUGUGUGACAUCAUCCCCAAGAUGCUGGACGGCUUCCUCCUGCAGCGCAAACACAUUACUUUUGUCGGGUGCAUGACCCAGCUCUACUUCUUCAGCUCCCUGGUGUGCACCGAGUGCGUGCUCCUGGCCUCCAUGGCCUACGACCGCUACGUGGCCAUCUGCCACCCCCUGCGCUACCAGGUCAUCAUGACCACGGGGCUCUGUGUCCAGCUGGUGGUCCUGUCCUUUGCCAGCGGCUUUACCAUCUCUGUGAUCAAGGUCUACUUCAUCUCCAGUGCCACGUUCUGUGGCUCCAACGUCCUGAACCACUUCUUCUGUGACAUUUCACCCAUCCUCAAGCUGGCCUGCACGGACUUCUCCACGGCUGAGCUGGUGGACUUCAUCCUGGCCUUCAUGAUCCUGGUGUUCCCGCUCGUGGCCACCAUCCUGUCCUAUGGACACAUCACCCUGGCCGUUCUGCUUUUCAUGUAUGUGCGUCCCCAGGCCAUUGACACACGCAGCUCCAACAAACUCAUCUCUGUCUUAUACACCGUCCUCACGCCCAUCUUGAACCCCCUGAUCUACUGCCUGAGGAACACAGAGUUCAAGGAAGCCUUGAGGAAGGCUCUGGGCUUGAGUCACGCUCCUCCGCCAUAG